GCAGCACAUUUGUCAGGCCAGCGCCUGCAUAUAACUUACUCCGUCCUGCCUCGAUCUCGCAAGUCACACUGUACUUUCGAAGUGUCUCUGCCGACGAAGAAUAACUGCCAUCAUGGCGCCGCCACAAAUUAAACAAGAUCUCAACCGUUCGGGCUGGGAAACCACAGACUUCCCUUCCAGCUGCGAAAACUGCCUGCCCGACAAUCCUUAUGUUCAGAUGCUGAAAGAGGACUAUGGUGCUGAAUGUAAAAUUUGUACCCGACCAUUCACUGUCUUCCGCUGGAAAGCUGAUCGAACCGCAAGAACGAAACGAACCAACAUUUGCCUGACGUGCGCUCGACUGAAGAACUGCUGCCAGUGUUGCAUGCUCGAUCUCUCCUUUGGAUUGCCCAUAACUGUCCGAGAUGCAGCCUUAAAACUUGUGGCCCCUGGUCCGACAUCAAGCAUCAAUCGAGAAUACUACGCACAGGAACACGAGAAAGAACUAGAGGAGGGGCGAGGUGCGGUCGAGGCAUAUGAAAAGACAGACGAAAAGGCGCGAGAUCUAUUGCGGAGACUCGCAAACAGUGAACCAUACUACAAGAAGCAAAGACGACUAGAAGCGGAAGGAACAUCAGAAAAGCCAGCUGAGCCAAAACCGGGAUAUGGACCAGGUCCCAUUCGAACUUCUGACAAUAGAAAGGCCGGAAAUGCACAACGAGGCGCUCGGCCCGGCGCUGCUCGAGCAGUCCCAGGCAAUGCACGACCUCCCCAGCCAGAAGACUAUCUGCCCCCCGCCGACCCUAACAUCACAUCGCUAUUCGUCACUGGGGUUGAGGACGACUUGCCGGAGCACGCCAUUCGCACGUUCUUUGCCCCUUUCGGCCAAAUCCGAUCACUCGUCUGCUCACAUCGAGCGCAUUGUGCCUUUGUCAACUAUGCAACCAGAGAAGGAGCCGAAGCUGCUGCUGCGCAGUGCAAGGGGAAAGCCUUCAUUCAGGGAUGUCCAUUGCGUGUCCAAUGGGGCAAACCCAAGCCGCUAGACAACACCGACCGGGAGCAAAGAUUGGAAUGGGCGAGGGAGGGUCGGCAAACAGCAGCUGCUGUGAAGGCGGCAGAAUCUGGUGGUCGAGCCAUUACUGGAAGGGAAGGCGUCCAAGCUAUCGAAGGUCCCGCCGAGGAGGAGAGUACCGGUUUCUUAGUGGCACCUCCGCCUGGGCAGGGAGACGUAACUUAUGCCAGUAUGGAGGGUGACUGAACCGCAGUCUAUGGACGAAUGAUGAUGUUGUGCAUUUCGAGCAAGGCGCUUGGGAAUGAUUUGGCCGGCCGUCGAAGCCACCACAGGGAGGGUAUCAUAGUGUCGAAUAAAGAGCUUUAAGCUUG